UUUGUUUUGUUUUGUUUUUUUUUUUUUUUUUUUUUUUUUUUCUGUAAAUUAUUGUCUUUGCUUCAUAUUCUUGCUCUCUUAUUUGAUUCUUAUUUUUUCUUUUCAUCUUGUUUAUAGGAAAAUUAUAUUUGCAGUCUUAAGAGUGUUCAAACUUCCUAGAUUGUGCAAGUUUCGCCCAUGUCUUGUGAUAAAGUGGAUAUAUCUGGAGCACACAUGAAAAAAUUAUUUUUUAAUGAUGGAUCCCACUUUUUUAGCAUUGCUCAUUCUAUAAUCAUAUUGGUAUUUUUGGGCUGUGGAAUUGCUGGACCAAAAAUGUCGGAGAAUCAAGGAGAUGAUGCUGAAUACAUGGCAGAAGAAUAUGAAAUGGAAGAUGUAGAUGAUGAGAUGGAUGAUGAGUUUCGUGGUAGAGAAAUGGGGGGCUCAGAGUCCGAUGUCGAUGAAUAUGACCUCUCGAACAGCAAAGUUACCACUGCUGUAGAAGCCAGAAGUGGAAAAGACAUCCAGGGGAUCCCUUGGGAUAGGCUUAGCAUCACUAGGGAGAUGUACAGGCAAACUAGGCUAGAACAAUACAAGAACUAUGAAAACAUCCCUCAUUCUGGAGAGGGAUCGGCGAAGGAUUGUAAGGUUACCAAGAAAGGGGGCUCAUUUUAUGAGUUCAGAAGGAAUUCAAGAUCUGUGAAGUCAACCAUUCUUCAUUUUCAGUUGAGGAACUUGGUUUGGGCUACCUCAAAACAUGAUGUCUACCUUAUGUCUCAUUUUUCUGUCAUCCAUUGGUCUUCCUUAACUUGCCGCAAAUCUGAACCUCUUAAUGUCUUAGGGCAUGUUGCACCAUCAGAGAAGCAUCCAGGAAGUCUGUUGGAGGGAUUUACUCAGACUCAAGUGAGUACUCUUUCUGUUAAAGAUAAGUUGCUUGUUGCUGGAGGGUUCCAAGGAGAACUUAUUUGCAAGCACCUGGAUCGGCCUGGAGUUAGUUUUUGUUCCAGAACAACUUAUGAUGACAAUGCCAUAACCAAUGCUAUCGAGAUCUAUGCCAGCUCCAGUGGUGCAGUUCACUUCAUAGCUUCAAAUAAUGAUUGUGGAGUUAGAGACUUUGAUAUGGAGAAAUUUCAGCUUUCUAAGCACUUCCGUUUUCCCUGGCCUGUGAAUCAUACUUGUCUGAGUCCGGAUGGUAAACUUCUCAUAAUUGUGGGAGACAACCCAGAUGGUCUGAUGGUGGACUCCCAAACUGGAAAGACAGUAAUGUCCUUGUGCGGUCACUUGGAUUUCUCAUUUGCAUCAUCAUGGCACCCCAAUGGUUUGAAUUUUGCUACUGGAAACCAGGACAAAACCUGCCGGGUUUGGGAUGUCCGAAAUCUAUCCAAGUCAAUCGCUGUUCUGAAGGGAAACCUUGGAGCCAUCCGGUCUAUCCGCUAUACUUCUGAUGGUCAGUAUAUGGCAAUAGCAGAGCCUGCUGAUUUUGUGCAUGUGUAUGAUGUGAAAAAUGGGUACGAUAAGGAACAGGAGAUUGAUUUCUUUGGCGAGAUAGCUGGCUUAUCAUUCAGUCCAGAUACAGAGUCUCUUUUUAUUGGAGUGUGGGAUCGUACUUAUGGUAGCCUCCUCGAGUAUGGUAGAUGCCGAAACUACUCAUACCUUGAUUCUCUAAUUUAAAUUGAAUAUGACACCUGAAAACAAGCCUAUUGUUGUUGCUGAUAAGCAGGCUUAAUUGAAGAAAAUCGAUAUCAUAUCAUGAAGUUGGAGAGGGUGUAGUUGUAUAUUUGAUAAGUUGUGCAAUUGUAGGUAAUUGGUCUUAUUUUGUUGCCAUUGAGGAUUUGUCAUAAAAGUGUGUAAAAGGGAGGGGAUAUACAGAAGGCUAGAGAAGGCAUUUCUUUGCCAACAAGCGAAAAGAAUGAAUCAGUAUAUCGUGGGCUCGAUAUCUGGUUGCCAUCCUUCUUGUAUGUUAGAAAUUUUAUGACUUUAUUUAUUUAUUUAUUUAUUUGUGAGA